CUGCAGGCCGAGUAUGAGACGCAAAUAAAAGAGAUGCGCUCGCAGCUGAGUGAGCAAUUGCGCUGCCUGGAGCUGCAAGGGGAGCUGCGGCGGGAGCUGCUGCAGGAGCUGUCCGAGUUCAUGCGGCGCAGGGCCGAGGUGGAGCUAGAGUACUCCCGGGGCCUGGACAAGCUGGCCGAGCGCUUCUCCAGCCGAGGAGGCCGCCUGGGGGGCAGCAGCCGCGAGUAUCAAAGCUUCCGGAAGGAGCCGACCCUCCUCUCAUCCUUGCACUGCUGGGCCGUGUUGCUGCAGCAGACUCGGCAGCAGAGCCGGGACAGUGCGGCCCUCAGCGAGGUGCUGGCCGGGCCACUGGUCCAGCGCUUAAGUCACAUUGCGGAGGAUGUGGGGCGCAUAGUCAAGAAGAGUAAGGAUCUGGAGCAGCAGCUGCAGGAAGAGCUCCUGGAGGUGGUGUCCGAGCUUCAGACGGCCAAGAAGACAUACCAGGUGUAUCACACGGAGAGCAUGAAUGCCGAGGCCAAGCUCCGGGAAGCUGAGCGGCAGGAGGAGAAGCGGGCUGGCCGCAGUGCUGCUCCUGCCACGGCCACCACCCCGACUGAGGCAGGGCCCCUGCGCAAGACCUCCGUCAAGAAGGGAUCACGAGUGGUAGAAAAGCGUCAGGCCAAGUUCUUGGAGCACAAACUGAAGUGCACGAAGGCGCGCAACGAGUACCUGCUCAGCCUGGCCAGUGUCAACGCCGCAGUCAGCAACUACUACUUGUAUGACGUCUUGGACCUCAUGGACUGCUGUGACACAGGGUUCCACUUGGCCCUGGGGCAGGUGCUCCGGAGUUACACGGCUGCCGAGAGCCGCACCCAAGCCUCCCAGAUGCAGGGCCUGGGCAGCCUGGAGGAGGCGGUGGAGGCCCUAGAUCCUCCAGGGGACAAGGCCAAGGUGCUGGAGGUGCACUCGGUCGCCUUCUGCCCCCCGCAGCGUUUUGACUACCAGCCCCAUGAGGGGGAUGAGGUGGCUGAGAUCCAGGUGGAGGUGGAGCUGCGGGACGAGAUUCUGCCCAGAGCCCAGAAUAUCCAGAGCCGCCUGGACCGACAAACCAUAGAAACAGAGGAGGUGAACAAAACGCUGAAGGCCACACUGCAGGCCCUGCUGGAAGUGGUGGCAUUGGAAGAUGGGGACAUGCUUGACUCCUUCCAGGCCUGUCCCUCCACUGAGUCCCUCAAGUCCACCAGCUCGGACCCAGGUGCUCGGCAGGCGGGCCGGAGGCGGGGCCAGCAGCAGGAGACUGAGACCUUCUACAUCACGAAACUCCAGGAGUACCUGAGUGGGCGGAGCAUCCUUGCCAAGCUGCAGGCCAAGCAUGAGAAACUGCAGGAGGCCAUUCAGCGAGGUGACAAGGAGGAGCAGGAGGCGCCUUGCGCCCAGUACACACAGAGAAAAUUCCAGAAGAGCCGCCACCCCCGCCCCAGCUCCCAGUAUCAUCAUAAACUCUUCGGGGGAGACAUGGAGAAGUUUAUCCAGAGCUCAGGCCAGCCCGUGCCCCUGGUGGUGGAGAGCUGUGUCCGCUUCAUUAACCUCAACGGCCUGCAGCACGAGGGCAUCUUCCGGGUGUCGGGGGCCCAGCUGCGCAUCUCAGAGAUCCGUGAUGCUUUUGAGAGAGGGGAGGACCCCCUGGUGGAAGGCUGCUCAGCCUGCGACCUGGACUCGGUGGCGGGCGUCCUGAAGCUCUACUUUCGGAGCCUGGAGCCCCCACUCUUCCCCCCGGACCUAUUCCGGGAGCUUCUGGCUUCUGCGGAGCUGGAGGCCAUGGAGGAGCGGGUGGAGCUGGUGAGCCGCCUUCUGACACAGCUGCCGGGCCCAGUGCUGGUGGUGCUGCGCUACCUCUUCACCUUCCUCAGCCACCUGGCCCAGUAUAGCGAUGAGAACAUGAUGGACCCUUACAACCUGGCCGUGUGCUUUGGGCCGACGCUGCUGCCCGUGCCCCCUGGGCAGGACCCCGUGGCCUUGCAGGGCCAGGUGAACCAGCUGGUGCAGACGCUCAUUGUGCAGCCCGCACGGGUUUUCCCACCCCUCACCCUGCUGCCGGGCCCUGUCUAUGAGAAGUGCAUGGCACCGCCUUCCGCCAGCUGCCUGGGGGACACCCAGGUGGAGGGACUGGCAGGCGAGAACGAGCCGGAGCUGGAAGCUGGGACCCCAGCCCAGGAGGAUGUCCUGGAGGGCGUCGUGGAGGCGGUGGCCUGCUUUUCCUACACGGGCCGCACGGCCAAGGAGCUGACCUUCCAGCGUGGGGACGUGCUGCGGCUGCACGAGCGGGCCUCGGACGACUGGUGGCGGGGCGAGUAUGCUGGCACCUGCGGGCUCAUUCCGCACAAGUACAUCACGCUGCCUGAGGGGUAAGUGAGUGCCCCAUGCUGUCCGGAGACUCUCCACAGCUGCCCUUCCCCCAGGUACUGGCCCUUUCCUACCCCAAGUCUCAGAGUCUGGAGGCUUUUUUAUUUUU